AUGGGCGUGUCCCCGGUGAACGCCACGUGCGACUUGUUCAGUGCAUUGAGUACAUUGACAAAUGUGAACCAGAUCAAUAUAGUGAACCAUCGAAUACCUAUCAUACCGAACAAUGCGUUCAACGAUAAGAUGGGAGUAUUGGAGAACCUAAGGACCAUUGACUUGCAUGGCUCGACCGGAUCAAAUGGGACCAUAAUCGCUGUGGGCACAAAUGCUUUCUCAACACUUAAAAAUUUGAACAAGCUGGACUUAUCUAACCAGAUAAUUGUCGCUAUCAAUGACUCGGCCUUCCAGUUCCCGCGAGCCAAUUGGGAUCGCAUAACAAUCAACCUUGAGCAUAAUAGAUUAAACGGUAGUAGGUUCGGGUCCCACGUAUUUCCAACGAAUAAAGUGACCACGCUCAUGUUGGCCGGCAAUAUGAACCUGACGUACUUACCGGACGGCGCUUUCUACGACUUUUUUGAGGAGAGGGGUCACGACAGGAAUACUUGCAAUAUGUCUGGCAUUCAGAUGGAAAUUGACCGGCUCAAUUUGUGGCUCGUGGACAAUAAAGUGACCAUGAAGCUAGAUCAGAAAUUAUUGGAAGCUAUGGGAAAGGACGGGACGGCACUCCUAAAGCAUACCCACAAACAGAUGGAUGUGGCGCCGCCCGGAGCCAACGCGGUGUACAAUCACACGAUAAUAUUACAUGAUUUUGAAUGAAUUGCCUAUAAUUUAAAAAUUUAUUAUUUUUUGUUUUAUGUAUUGUAAUAAACAUUUAAAUUAUAAUGUUUAAAAAUAGUAUUAAGCAAUAUUUGUUUUGAAUGUAUUUUUAAAAUAAAACAAAUGUGUAUUUUAUAUGAUUGAUGUCAUAAUACAAAAUAAAAUAAUUAAUAUUACGGUAAAUGAAAAA